AUGGGAAGGACCUCGCGAGCCGGACCGACGAGAAAGGCGAAAAUCUUGGGCUCCAAGGCGGAGUGCUCUCUGGCAGUCUGCGCACCUCCUUACAGCCUCGUCCUCCUCCUCCUCGUUCUCAUCGAAUCGAUCGCUGUGAGUUUGAGUGCGCGAACGCUCACGCAUUAGCACAAGCAACACGGAACGCGGUGCCCGCCAGCUGCACACUCCGCCUUCCAAACAGCUGAGAAAACAACCGUCAACCCGGCCUUACUAUAA